UCAACUGUUCUUGGUAAUGUAAUAUUCAACAAUACUCACCGUGAAUCAACUGUUCUUGGUAAUGUAAUAUUCAACAAUACUCACCGUGAAUCAACUGUUCUUGGUAAUGUAAUAUCCAACAAUACUCACCGUGAAUCAACUGUUCUUGGUAAUGUAAUAUUCAACAAUACUCACCGUGAAUCAACUGUUCUUGGUAAUGUAAUAUCCUUCAAUACUCAAAGUGAAUCAACUGUCCUUGGUAUUUUAAUAUCCUUCAAUACUCACCGUGAAUCAACCGUCCUU